AUGGAGCUGGGAGCCAGUUUCACCGUCUUUCUGGGACUCUGCUUGUCCUGCCUCAUCAUCCUCAUUGCUUGGAAACGAACCAACAAGGGAGGAAAGCUGCCCCCAGGCCCCACACCAAUACCUUUCCUGGGGAACCUGCCACAAGUUCGCACUGAUGCCACCUUUCAGUCUUUCCUGAAGCUCAGCGAGAAACACGGCCCCAUGUUCACUGUGUAUAUGGGACCCCGGCCAAUAGUUGUUUUAUGUGGACGAUAUGAUGCCAUAAAGGAGGCCCUGGUGGACCAGGCUGAGGAAUUGAGCGGGCGAGGUGAGCAGGCCACCUUCGACUGGCUCUUCAAAGGCUAUGACAUGGCAUUCAGCAAUGGCCAGCGCACCAAGCAGCUGCAGCACUACUGCAUGACCACACUGCGGGACUUCAGCAUGGGCAAGCGAGGCAUCGAGGAGUGCAUACAGGAGGAGGUGGGCUUCCUCACUGAGAAAUUUAGGGGCACACGCGGCGCCAUCAUCGAUCCCACCUUCUUCCUGAGCCGAACAGUCUCCAAUGUCAUCAGCUCCGUUGUCUUUGGGGACCGCUUUGACUAUGAGAACAAAGAGCUGCUGUCACUGCUGCGUAUGAUGAAGGGCAGCCUUGCGUUCACAGCUACAUCCACAGGACAGCUCUAUGAGAUGUUCUAUUCCGUGAUGAAACACCUGCCAGGACCACAGCAGCAGGCCUUUAGGGAGCUGCAGGGGCUGGAUGACUUCAUAGCCAAGAAGGUGGUGCACAACCAGCACACACUGGAUCCCAACUACCCACGGGACUUCAUCGACUCCUUUCUCAUCCGCAUGCAGGAGGAGCAGAAGAACCCAAACAUGGCAUUCUGCAUGAAGAACCUGGUGCUGACCACGCUUAACCUCUUCCUCGCAGGCACCGAGACUUUCAGCAUGACCCUACGCUGUGGCAUCUUGCUGCUCAUGAAACACCCAGAUGUAGAGGCCAAGGUCCAUGAGGAGAUUUACCAGGUGAUUGGCAAGAACCGGCAUCCCAGGUUUGAGGACCGGGCCAAAAUGUCCUACACAAAAGCAGUGAUCCACGAGAUCGAAAGAUUUGGAGACCUAAGCCCAAUGGGCCUGGCCCACCGGUUCACCAAGUUUCAGGACUUCUUCCUCCCAAAGGGCAACGAAGUGUUCCCUAUGCUGGGCUCUGUGCUCGCAGACUCCAAGUUCUUCUCCAAACCCCGAGAUUUUGCUCCCCAGCACUUCAUGGAUGAGAAGGGGCAGUUCAAGAAGAGUGACGCUUUUGUGCCCUUCUCCAUUGGUAAGAGAUGCAGGCCACUGCUCACACCAACAGGGGCCUCCCUCGAAGGAGAAGGCCUGGCUUGAAUGGAGCUCUUUCUCUUCCUAAUCACCAUCAUGCAGAACUUCCGCUUCAAGUCCCUGCAGUCGCCUGAGGACAUCGACGUAUCCCCCAAGCACGUGGGCUUAACUAGGAUCCCACCAUACUAUACCAUGAGCUUCCUGCCUCGCUGA